AGAGGGCCGCGAGCAGCGAAGUACGACGACGGGACAAGAACUGUAGAGUCUUUACAAAAAAAGAAACGCCUUCAUUUCGGACCGGAGGCCCCGCUGCUUCAAGGAACCGAGAAACUGUUCGAAGCGAAGUUCUCUCGAUUCCUCUCGGACGGGUGGCGGUCGUCGCUAGCAACUCUUGUCAAUCCGCGCAAGAGAGCGAAAGACUGACUGUCCGGGGGCUGUUCGGCUCCGUCUCCUGCGGAACUUUUUCCCGAGUGCCACCUGAGUGUUCUGCGCAUCUGCGGCUCGUGUCGCGUCUGACACAUACCUGAGAUGAGGAGGUUCGCCUGCAGCCCGUCGCAGUUGCUGAGACCCGCCAUGGCCUCCAGCCUGGCCGUGUGGCUGCUCUUGCUGCUCGCCGCGGGCGAGCAAUGCCGCGCCGACGAGGCGCCCAUGGGCUCUUCAGCCGGAGGCGGCGGCGGAGUCCUACCCUUGCAGCAGCACCACUCGAGCGACAAACGCGCCGGCCCGGCUCCACUCUACAGCUUUGGCCUCGGCAAGCGGUCACCCUUGCUGCUGAUGGCCGACGAGUCGCCGGUAGACGCGGAUGUCGACGAAGACGAGGAAGACGAUGCGAUGGCCGAGGCUGCGGCUGCGUCCAGGACCGGCGGCUAUCUGGAGAAGCGCGGUCCCCGCGAACCCCUGCGCUACGGGUUCGGCCUGGGAAAGCGCAGGAGCGGCCACGAGCGCGAGUACGUGCCCUACGAUCAGGAGAAGCGCGAGCGGCACCGCUUCAGCUUCGGGCUCGGCAAGCGGGACAAGAAGUCCAAGCUGGAAGACUUCAUGAAGCGCAGGUACAACUUCGGCCUGGGCAAGCGCGGCAUCUACGGCGACGCCGACGCGGGCGAGCGCUGGAAGAGGAGCUUCUAAAGCAAACGGCGCCCCCUACGCCAGCACCACACGCCCCGCUCCCCCUACCACCAACACUCAUCGUCCGCCUUCUUCCCCGUCAGGCCACGAGGAAGAUAAAAAAAAAUGAAUCAGUCAGUGGGAGUAGGAAACGGGCUGAGCACGCGAUAAGCCUCGUUGAUCCUGUCCCCGUUCAUCCCUGGAAUUAAAUUCCCUCGCAUUCCUGCUACAAUCUCCGCUCCCCUAUGCUCCUCCUCCCGUUCGCGAACCGCGCGUCGGCCGGAGGGCCUUGUUAGGCCUGCUUAAGCCUAACUGGUAAGCCUAACUGGCAAGCCUAACCAUGUUGUCCGUUGAGAGGACGUUGUUGAAAAUAGAAUAAAAAAAAGAAUGGUAAAGAGGAAUGCUAACGACGAUAAGUACUCAAGAAUUUAGCACGGGCUGGAUGAUCUUCACCGAGUUCCGUCGGGCCUAUGAACCUGUGCAGGACGUCUCCUCCCCGUCUUCUUGUUCUUGCUCUGAGUUACAGCUGUUGAGAGUCGCGGACUUUUCUUCCUUAGAGUCCGUUUCUUUGCCUUGUUCAGCAGUAGUUUCAAUACAAUUGUGAAAACGUCGCACAUGCAGCGACAUCGUAUGUGACAUAGUCGCACGCCCUCGUUGCUAUAAACCAAUGUACUGCUCGCAGCUCGCCAGGCUGUGGACCAUGUUGUCCUGCGGGCAAAUCAAUAAACCCUGACACCGAGGUCGCGAAAACAGAAGAAAACCCGUUUGUGGAAGUCAGUGUGUGUGUGUGUUCAAUGUGGAAUAAAAGAUGCUCAAAGCCAAAA